GCGACGCGCUGACGUCACGAUAAACGUCACUGUAGAGGAAUGUGCGGAAACUUCUGCCUACUUUUUAUCUGCGCUGUUCGUCGAAGAAAAGAGGUUUCCAGAGCAGGAGAAUCUUCGAGAAAGUCUCUAGAAGUUCGGAGCUUCCUGUCGGUGGAGCAGAGGUCAUCAUGGCAACUCAGGCCAUGUUCUCAGUUGGGACGUUUCCUGUAGGCGUCUCUCUGGCAGACGAUGGGCAGGGUCUCAGCGACCUGCCCCGGAACACGCUGCCUGCCCCUCAGCUGGUGAUGCUGGCCAACGUGGCGGCAGUGACGGCGGCAGAGGGCGGCGACGGCAGUGUCGCUGAUGAGAAGGAGAUGAUGGAACUGAAGACAGUGGGAUGCAGCUACUCUGAUAGUGAGGAAGAGGGUGUCAUCAGGUACAGCUAUGACAACCAGAACCACCGAGAGGUGUGCAUCGUGGAGUACCUGGAGUCUCCUAACCCAGCUGUCCCUGGAGGCAGCAAAGAGGAUGAGGAGAACCAUGCAGCUAAAAACCAGCCUUCCUCUUUUAAGCCUGGCCCCUCCACCAACCCACCUCCACAAAGGAUCAAAGGUAAAGACGGCCCUCCUGCGCCGACAGACAGCUCCCAGAAGAAGAAGCCGUUCUGCUGCAAGCCGUGCCACUUCCAGGGGCAGAACGAGCAGGAGUUCGUUGAGCACCUGAGCACACACAGCAUCAGCAAGAUGAUGGUGGUGAACCAGGUGGAGGGGCGGAGCAAGAGCAAAGUCAAGGAGGCGGAGUCACGUGAGGGUUUGGUCGACCGGGAGGCAGAGCACGGUGGACAGGCGGAGCAUAAAGGUGAGGAAGCAGCAGGAGACGUCAAAGGGCUGAUUAGGUGUGAGCGCUGCGGCUACAACACCAACCGCUACGAUCACUACAUCGCUCACCUGAAGCACCACAGCAAGGAGGGCGACGACCACAGGGUGUUUAAGUGCACACUGUGUGCCUACACCACCGUGAGUCAGUACCACUGGAGGAAACACCUGAGGAAUCACUUCCCGAGUAAACUUCACACCUGCAGCCAGUGCUCCUACUUCUCCGACCGCAAAAGCAACUACAUCCAGCACAUUCGCACCCAUACAGGUGUGCGUCCAUUCCAGUGUCUUUACUGUGACUACUCAAGCUCCCAGAAGACUCACUUGACUCGCCACAUGAGGACUCACUCAGGUGAGCGUCCUUUCAAGUGUGAGAGCUGCAGCUACCUGGCAGCCAAUCAGCACGAAGUGACCCGGCACGCCCGCCAGGUCCACAAUGGCCCCAAGCCUCUGUCCUGCCCCUACUGUGAGUACAAAACGGCCGACCGCAGCAACUUCAAGAAGCACGUUGAGCUGCACCUGAACCCGCGGCAGUUCCUCUGCCCGCUCUGCAAGUACGCCGCUUCCAAGAAGUGCAACCUGCAGUACCACAUCAAGUCCCGGCACUCCGGCUGCAACGUGGACCUGGACGUGUCCAAAGUCAAACUGCGAGUGAAGAAACCCGGAUCUGACGGUGCAGAUGACAAGUCGGAGUCCAAAGCAGCCAAACUGGAUGACUCGCCUACCAUGGAGGAGGAGAUGGAGGACGACGAAGGAGAUGACUCGAGCCCCAUCAAUCUGUCAAUCAGGAGGAGCACCAGACCCAGCAUCGAACCACCAUCACAGAGCGAGACUGCUGACAAGACAGCAAAGAAACGGAUCAUCUUGCCUGAGAAGGAGAGACCCAUAAAGGUAAAGGAAUCUGAGAAAAAGGUCUCAGCAAGGCAGAAGAAAGUCAAGGAGAACCGUGUGGAGAACACAGAUGGUAAAGAAGUCCGGACCACUGCUGGGAAUACUGACAACAAAGUGAAGAAACGAGUCCGGAAGACUCUUGCUGAGAAAACAGUUUCCCAGGACCAAACCAAGAAAUCUGCAUCCCAAGAAAAACAACCAGAGGAACCUGCAUCCCAGGAAGUCCAGUCUGAUCCAAAGAGUUCUGUGCAGCAAACGUCUACAGAAAGCAACUCAGAGAAAGACUCGAAGGUGAGCUCCCACAAGAAGACAAAAAGCCUUGGUAAAACUAGGAAGUCUGGAGCCAAGUGGUCUGAGAAGACUCCAGAACAAACUGACAACCAGAAUCCUGAGAAGAGCCAGAAAGGAAAGUGGGUCAGAGAAAAACCUGCAAAAAGGAAAGCAGGACCAGUUUUGGAUCUUUCCCAAAGGUCCUCUAAGAAGAAGUGCCUAAAAUCUCCAGCUCCCAAGAAGCUGCUGUCCAAAACGUCUUCAGAUGGUACUGAUGAGAUGUCCACUCUGACUGAAAAGUCUGGCAGACAGGUAGCAGCCAAGCAGAAGAAGACCAGAACCUCCACCAGGAAGACCUCCGGUCUGCAAUCAGAUGUGGAUCCAAAACGAGAUGAGUUGAGGUCUAAAACCAGUCCUUCCUUAGAGAUUCGAGAACGUUCUGUUCAGCCUACAGGAACUGGUUGUGGGGAAAUGGGUUCCUCCACUGAUGGGCCGCCCCAACCAGAACCGACCUUUAUUAAACCCUCGGUGCCGCCUCGUCUGCUUCUUCCUGGCCAGCGCAGCAAACUUGCCGACGGUGAGGAUGACGAGGGGAUCCACAGCAGCCACGAAGGAGGAAGUGACAUAAGUGACAGCGCCUCUGAGGGCAGCGAUGAUUCCGGCCUUAACGGUACCGGCACUGCUCCAGGAAAGAUGGCCAACGAUCCAGAAACGCCCACUGAAGAGAUCCCUACGCCCACCGAGCUCAAGAGUCACACAUGUAUUUUCUGCGACCGCACAUUCCCACUGGAGACCCAGUACCGGCGCCACCUGAACCGCCACCUGGUCAACGUGUACUAUAUGGGUACUGAGGCGCCAAGAUGAGCCCAUCUCCAUGGUAACAGACUGCCCAGGACACAGAGCCUGGGGUCCGAGCUUCUGACUGCCGGUUCUGAAGGUAUGAACUCCUGACCCUUGGUUCAUACGGUCCGAGUUCCUGAUCACCAGCAACGACAGUCUAAACUUCUGACCGUUGGUUCUGUUGGCUCGAAUGGUCCGUAUUUUGUUGUUAUUGUGAAGCCCCUCAGUGCCUUUGACAAUCAGCUGCUUCUGUUGGGUUUGGGUUGUUUUUGUGUCUGAAGGUCCAGCUUGGUCCAGGAUGGGCCAAGGUUCCCCUGCAGGUUCCUGUGAUGGGAGCAUCUGCUGAGGUGACCUGAUGAAGCUUCCAGCUGUGUAAAUAUUUCAGUGCAAUAGUCCAUUUAGUGCAGAAGCCAAAGUGAUUAUUUGUUUUAUCAUGAAGUCAAAUAAUCUCCACUGGAUCCUUCAGGGUUCUGCUGAUGGAGGACAUGAUGGACUGAGAUGUUUUCUCUGAUGGAUCUGUGUGUCACAGGAAGCAGACCAUGUCAUCACUGAUGUUUUUUUUUAGCUGUAAUCUGUCCUAAAUAAACGUUUCAUACAGACCUGA